UAACCGGAUAAAAUCAUCCAUAUAAACAGUGUGUAAAUACAUUUUAUAUUAUGGACAAGCCAGGAAAUAAUACAAGUGACCCUGGAGGUGAUAACAGUUCACAAUAUCUGACUUCAAAUAUAUUGAAGUACGACUCUAAAUAUGAACAGGAAAUCCGCAGCCACGGCUUACAGCUAAGAGGAGAAUGCCUCCCUGACAUAAAGGAUAUUAAUAUGUCCUAUCGAGAUGCUUGGCUUGUCGGGAAGCAAGGUUGCUUGGCAGUAAGAAGAAACCUAUGGGAUCCACACCUGUUUUCCGGUAUAUGGUAUUUUGUAUGUGAUGGAACAGAUCCAGUAAACUUUUUGGUGCUGCAUCCUCACAAUGCCGGGGAUAGGUGGCAGAAAAGGUCGAUCAGCAUGUGGGAGCUUAUAGAUGGCUUCUGGGUGGCCAACAAAUAUCGCAUAUUAUAUCAACCCAAAGAUAAUGACGGAAGUGCAUUGUCAUACGCAACAAGGACAAUGGUAAUAGAAGGAUUUACACGCAAUUUUUAUGAAGCUAUGAUCAAGUGCAUACAUGAGGGACAGGUCAGACUACAAAUGAUGUACCAUGAACUGAGAGACCUGCGUAAACAGUUUACAUGUAGCGAUGCAUCUAGAUGUACGCCAGCUGAUUCAAGGACUAAACGCAGCAGCCUGGGAUACACGCGUAACAAAGAUUUAACCUCUAUAUUGAAAAACAAAGCCAAUGAUCAAACGGAUACCCAAGAGAAGCAGUGAUUCCUACUGUGGCAGGUUGGGGCAU